GAAGAGGUGGGGAGGAAAAAAGUGUUAAUCGGUAUAGGUUGGUCUUUUACUGUAGCUUGCGAGUUGGAAAAAUCUCACCUUGGUAAUAGAAAAUCCCAAAUUAUCCCACUCAGAAAAAAACCGCUCUUCUCUGCAAACCCCUUCAACGCACAGCGGACUGCUUACUGCUGUAAGAAUUGCGAAUUAAAAAUAAAUCCUACGUGCGCGGUGUGAGUGACAUAAUGAGUUUUCCCAUUUUUUACGACAUUUCGCUCGAAAGUCUACGGUUUAAUGAAAGCGUCACUUGCCGUCGUGAGAGUCGAUCAAGAAUAUUUCCACAGCGGAGACGACGAUGCAUAACCGCACGAUAUUCUCUGCCAUGCAUUUCCUAAUACAUCGAUCGAGGUAGAUUUCGAUCGACGACCUCACGAUUGUUGGUGUCGUGCAAGUUGCGGAAACGCGGGAAGUGCACUGAAAAAAAUAUAAGGCUGCGUGCAUGACACUCUCGUGACACUGACCUUGGGAUGUGUGUACACCACCGCCACUGCCUUUUCAAACUGCGCACUGUCAAAACAAACGCUACUGCUGCUGCACAAGCAGCAGUGUGAUCUGCACCUUUCUCGCAUGCAUCAUGAAUGCACCACUGGCGAGGGCCAUCAGCGAGAGAGGCUGCGGCGUGCGUUAUAUAGUACUCGAGAAUUUCAAGUAUGCAUCCCGAUCGUAAGUGGCACUAGAUAUAGAUAGUAGACCCGUCAUAUCAUAUAAUGUUGCUUCCUGUGUUUAUCUGGUUGGGGUGCAACAAGGCAAUCAAAAAUAAUUUUCGAUGCGGGAAUCAGCUUGAAUUGUUUCAAUAUAAAAAUUAAUCCAAAUGUUUGCAAUAAUUUCAAUAUCAACAAUUUUCCAAUGGUGUUUGUCAUGAAAUAUAUCAUGACCCCUAAAACGCUACUGCUGCGCUAAAAUAUGGAAUCGCACAACCUGAGCACGUCAACCACGCGGAAUCCCGUAAUUAAUAAUCCUAUGCCAAACAGGUGUACGAUUGCUCCAAUAGAGAAAUCGGUCGCUCUGAACGAUGGUAGUCAGCGCUUCUUCUCGUUCAGCGUUUUUAAAGUGAUAAAAUUAGCUCGCUUCGCGCGUUUGACGCAUUUGUCGGUACUGGAUACUGACAGUUGUAAGCGCAAAAGUCGCAACAUCGCAAUUCAAAGAAAGCCAACUUUCAAAACAAACGCGUUUUUUUACAGAAUUCCCAAUUUGGGUCUCUGAUCUGCUGAACAAGGAUUAUGCAGUGAAAACCAGUUUUCACAUUUUGCGCCUAUUGAAUUAAAUAAUCGCAAACCUUACCUACUCCUUUAUUUCUUAAGUUGGACAGUGAAAACUAGCUUGUAUCCCGUAUUUUCGUAAACUUUACGCCUGUCUCACUGUCAUUAUCACUGUCGUGAUCACUACUGUUCUCUGUUGAUACAAUUGGGUUACAUUGACACUUGGACAGAAACUGUCCACUGUCAUAUUUUAGCACUGAAUCUUCGUUUGAGUAUUUGAAUAUUGUUUCUAGCAGAGCUAGAAGGGGCCGGUCCCCAUUGCGUGAUAUUUUCGUUUUUCACUUUGCAACAUAACCAAACAGAGAAGAAAACAACGACGGAGAGAAAAUAACAAGUUUCUCCACGUGAAAAAAAAACUUCAAAGGUUCAAUCUUUCUUCAACGCACUGCGAUGAUGUGAAAUUUGCCCCCGGCUGAGCAUAGCGGGUUCGAUUUGAAAAAAUAAGACCAAAUCCCUUUCUCGACGAUUUGGUGUGUAGGUGUCUCCGGAAAAGUUUUUUAGAAAACUCUUGUAUCUUCGAGGUCAUUUGUUAAUGUUCGUUCUACGGUAGUAUACAGAACAGAGUAAGAUUAACAACACAAGUUGAUUGUCACAGUGAGGUGUUAUAUUGUCCAAUUUCCUUUUCAUCAGCUUUUGUAUCUAUGUCGGUUUUUGAUGCUUUGUUUUGUAUAAGCUAACAUGUUUUUUUUUUAAAUUUCUUUUACUUGGAAAACCUUCCACUUUUUAAGCAUAAAAUAUUAUCAGAAAAGUAUUUUAAUUUUAGCUUGAAAAAGUUUUUCAAUUUUGGCUUAAAACUAUUUUCUACAACAAAGUAAGUAUUAUCCACUAUAAAAAUCUUCAGAAAAGUUUUGCAACUAAUUAUAUCAACAACUUUGUAGAAAAAGCCAAAUCGACCGAAUGGGAUUUUUGAUGCACAAAAACUCAAUAAAUUGAUUUUAAGGCAUUUUUUACUUAACUUUAUUACUCUUAGAUCCAAUUCUAUAAAUAAUUGGUUUCUUCGUAAAAACUUUAUGAAAUUCAUAGUUAUACAACUUUGUCGAAUACAUAAACUUGCAAUAUGCGUUGUUGAUCGCACUUCCGCUGUUUACUACAUUAAUGAUACUUAAAAAAACAUCUGGUAAAGGUUUUACCCGUUAUAUUUUAAGAUUGGUCCCACUGUACCGCGGUCGGUUGACAGCGUGCAUAAGAAGCUCAUUAAACAGGUGUACAUUAUACCUAACAAUCAAACAUUUACUGCCAACUAUGGCACCAGUUCCUCUCGCUCGAGCCGGUUUAUCGAGAUCCCAACAAUUGGAGGCAAAAAAGCUUACUGGAAGUUUUUGAAGCAUAACAACCACUGUUUUGCGAGCGGAUUAUUUUGCAACUUUGAGCAUACUUGUAUGUGUGUGAUUUUAGGCCAUUUUUCGGUAUGAUGAAGUUGUUUUUUUACCGAAUAAAGCAGUGACCACUGCAUUGUCUCGAAUCAGAAGACCGGCUGCAUGGAGGAAACAAACAAUCAACAGACUGAGCAAAUGUUGCUUGACUGUGAUAGCGGGCUGUCAGCAAAUCAGAGUUCAUAUGGGUAUUUCCGUUUGCUUUUUUGUUUCAAGUUCUUAUUUUUGAGCAAGAGUGUGUUGCUACAGUUUCUUAAUUUUUUUUUUCGUUUCGGUAUUGCCAAAAAUUUGAGAUAAUAUUUUUUGUUGUUGUUUACAUUCAACAUCUUCCAAUGUGAAACCUUUAUUUAACAACAAACUGUCACAGAAGUGCUCAACGCCAGAUAACAGAAGAGCUGCAUCUCUUUUGGCGUAAUGAUUUCCAUUUUUCGGGGCCGCGCUAAUCAAUAUAAUUGCUCGAGUUUCACUCAACUUAAGUGCAUUUUUUCACAAAAGCCAAAACACAUUCGGGAAAGCGCUAGGAAACCGACAAUUAUGAAAUAAUGCUUUAAAACUUAUCAUGGGUAAUUCGUUUGCGGAUUCGUGUGCAUUCCACUCUUUCGAGUUUCUUCUCCGGCGGCCAAAGACGCGCCCAUUCUCUUGUUUACCUAUCAUUCCAACUAAUAUCUCAAUCCAGUCUGCACCGCCCGCGCCGUACUGUGAUUUUCCGACUCAGCUACUAUGGCCUUUUGUUUGAAUAUGUUCAGUGUAGAAUUUAAUUUUAAUCGCACUGUUUCUCCUCACCCACCCUUACCGCUACUGUUUGACCCGCGAAGUGCGCAAGACAAAGAUCGACGAACGACCGAGCGGACAUACGUAUCUCGGCCGAGAUAGAAUAACAAAAACAAAACCCAUCAACAGCAACAACAGCGGCAAGGAAGAUAUUUUCAUCAGCACUGACAGGCACGACGGCAGCCGAUGCCAAUAAUGCGAUCGUAUGUCCACGUAAAAACUGAGUUCCGCACUAGUAAAAUAUAGAAGACAAGAUUGUACAAAAAGUGCUAUUUUCUGUCUGUGCGAAUCCUGCGAAAAUUCAAGUGACAAACGGACUGGCUGAAUUGUUUACAACUCAGCUGUUUUUCCGUCCAUAGAUAAAGACUGAACUGCGCGGUAAUAUUGUACGACGUUGAAGAAGUUCAUUCGCUGACGCUGAGGCGAUCCGCAAAUUGAAAGUACAGGCACCCGGAGGUGAGUGUUGGUCUCCACGAAAAAAUAAACGAUGGCAACCUCAACAUCGGACCUCACGACUGCAACACCGAGUCGACGCAGAUACGUCCGCAGUAAUACGGCAAGUGUCACGCAGCUACUGUCCGACAGCUGCAACAGCAUCCUACAGCGAUUCCGUCGCAAUCCUAGUGAGAAGCUCGAGAAAAGAUCACAGUAUCGGUUCAACGAUCUUGCACCAUCAGCAUCCAGUAGUUCAAUUUUCACCCGCGAGCACCAGAAUUCAUCCGACUAUGGCAGUCUUGGGACUUCCAAUGAUUCGGUGCACCGAACACCCUAUCAUAGCUUCAACAAUACUAUGAGCUCUUACUACAAACCACUGUUUCGAACAUUCGGAAAGCGUUUCGACUUAUCCCCAAAACGAGAUACAGAAGACAAAGACAAAACUCCGACUGUUGCUUCAACGUCAAAAACUCCAGUUCCUACCAACAAAUGCAGUAGUGGCGAAUCAGCCAGUUCCACUAUAUCUCGCCUCGAAUCCAAAUACUGCGAUAUCCUGGAUCGAGUACACCAGCGUAAGGAGCAAUACAAAGACGACAAAGAAAAGACAUUGGAACCUGAACGAACGCCGACCGGUUUAGCGGCGAGGGGUUUCAAUCCGCUGGCAAAAAGUGCAACUACGUCAAGCGUGAGAGGCGAUUCUUAUUCUGCCUUGAAAGAGCGCACUCCCUACCGAUUGGCUGCUCAACGAAAUAGACACAAAUUCCUCGAGUCUCUCGAAAUGGACUACUACAAGAAGCGAGCAGAACUCAGCUUAGCGUGUGGUGUUGGAGGGACUAGCAGUACCACCGUGCCUGUAUCGGAAAGUCUCUAUGAACGCAAUGGAAGAGAACUAAGCAGUACCUCUAAGUAUGUCCUUAAACCGCGAAGUAAAGACAGUGGAUAUUACGAUGGAAAACCAAUCUCUCUUGCAAACCCCAACAGUGCCAUCGGAAAAGAAAAUAUUUUCAAAUCCAAAUACGACCCGGAUGAGCUAUUAUCUGAGUUGAAUACUAGUACCAUUCUCAGUGGUGCUCCUAGUGUUGUAAAACGUCGCAUAAAACCUUACAAAAGAAGUGACACCACCGGAAUAAAUUUUUUGCAACACUCUACUUUGAGCUCCAACGUUCUAGGAGUUCCUAGCACCUCGGAAGUGGAUCGGAAAAGGGAAAAUCGUCGCAGCGGAAACUUCCACCAGUUGCAACGAUCUGCAACGCAAGGUUUCUUCGAUGCUGAUGAUAUCUGCACCUUUCCCAUUUCUAGUGACGAAGACACUCCCAGUGAUGAUCCCCGACAAAUGGAACGCGAUUACAGGCGAAAGGAGAUCGAAAGUAUCUUGCAAAAAUACGCCCCUCUGGAUGAGAAAAAGCUGAAGGAGAAAAAAUCUAGGGAAAGCCUUGGAACAAAGGCAAAUCCGACAGCAAGUGACCUAUCACCGGAAGGUGCUCUGAGCCGAAUCAAGUCUCCCAUACAGUCAAGGUUGCAACACGAUCUGCAGCACAUUCGGCGCAGUAGCCGUCGUCAUCAUUACGAUAGUGCUUCCGGUAGCAAUGGUCUAGGGCUGCAAAAGUCCUUUACCACGAGCAAUGUGUCUGCACACUUGAACGGGGGUCUUUACAAUGGUAACAGUUCUGUUCUAGUGGUCCACACUGGCGGCGUCAACGGUGCUUCCGGUCUUUACCAACAUCAACAGCCGCAUCCUCUUCUAAUGCGCUCGUCACGUAUUCCAAAAGCACUGUCAACAUUUAAACAACCAUCCGUGAGGGAUGAUGCUGAUGGGCAUUUGAUUUACCACACUGGCGACAUUCUUCAUAACAGAUAUAAAAUCCUGGCCACCUUAGGUGAAGGUACUUUCGGUCGGGUGGUGAAAGUGAAGGAUAUGGAAAUGGAUCACACGAUGGCGCUGAAGGUAAUCAAGAACGUAGAAAAAUAUCGGGAAGCUGCCAAGCUAGAGAUCAACGCACUGGAGAAGAUCGCCGAACGGGAUCCGACCUUCCAACAUUUGUGCGUUAAAAUGCUGGACUGGUUCGAUUUCCACGGACACAUGUGCAUUGCGUUCGAAAUGCUUGGUCUGAGUGUUUUCGAUUUUCUAAGAGAAAACAACUAUGAACCAUAUCCAAUGGAUCACGUGAGGCACAUGUCAUAUCAGCUCUGCUAUGCGGUCAAAUUUCUCCAUGAUCACAAGCUUACCCAUACUGAUCUUAAACCGGAGAACAUCCUGUUCGUGGAUUCAGAGUACACCACUUCGUUCAACUCGAGAAAGAACCGCGAAGUACGCCGCGUUAAAUGUACGGAUAUUCGGCUGAUCGAUUUCGGAAGCGCAACUUUCGAUCAUGAACAUCAUAGCACUAUCGUAUCCACUCGGCACUAUCGAGCGCCGGAAGUAAUCCUGGAAUUAGGUUGGUCGCAACCAUGCGACGUCUGGUCGAUAGGGUGCAUAAUGUUUGAGCUGUACCUAGGCAUUACGCUAUUCCAGACACAUGACAACAGAGAACAUCUCGCUAUGAUGGAACGUAUACUAGGGACAAUUCCGUACCGGAUGGCUAGAAAAACCCGUACCAAAUACUUUCACCGUGGUAAGCUCGAUUGGGACGAGAAAUCUUCGGCUGGACGAUAUGUGCGUGACCAUUGCAAACCACUUCAUCGAUACGUGCUGGCAGAAACACCUGAUCACCUGCAAUUGUUCGACAUUAUUCGGCGCAUGCUAGAGUACGAUCCGGCCAACCGGAUCUCGCUAGGUGAAGCACUCCGUCAUCCGUUUUUCGCAAAGCUUCCGCCAGCGCAGCGUCUACACGAGAAAUACAUUUUAGUUAAACAGAAGGCUGAACAGGAUUCGAAGAAAGUUAGCAAAAACACAACCGCAACAAACAAAAAACUUCCCGGCAAACUGACACGUUCUCAAUCAUUGGCAUUCAGCUUUCCUUCGCUGUUAAUUCACUGAUACACACACAUACACGCGCAAACAAUGUAAGGCACGCGGACUCUGCAAUCAAAAACUAAAUAAUCCGAAUUUGUACGCGUAUUUUGUAAAAAAAUACUUUCUUCAAAUGAUUGCAACAGAUCGAACGGAAUAAUUGCGAGAUAGCCUUUCGCCACAACUGCUAGUUUUCGCUCUACUAUUGUAAACUUUUGUAAAAAUAAUUCUUUAAUCCCUGUAUCUUGUCUCCUCUGGUUUCUUUUUUUUUCUUUGCCCAAGUAUGUUUUUGUCGAGAUUAUGGGUGAUUUUAGAGAUAGAGAUUUAUUUUCUGUUUAUUGAUCAGCUCCUGAAACUGGUUUGCUAUGUUACUAAGCAGCUCAGUUAUCUAGUCCAUAAAUCAAUGGAAACGAUAAAUACGAUUUAUGGAUCUAGGUUUAACUAAACACAACAACGCGCGGAACUAGAUACGGAUAAUUUGAGCAUGCUUCGUCAACAUAGCAGCUACUGAUGUAAUUAGUUCUUCUAGGAUUCUAAUACGACAAACACUCAAAAAAAAUUUAAUGAUUUCUUUUCUCCUAUUAGUUUAAUUUAUACUCAAACAAAACAGAAGCCAACGAUCUUUUGAAAUUGUUCUGAAAAUCCGACACAAAAAACGCAUGUUUUGUAGAGCGCGCAGCAUGCAACAAGAUGUAACAUACUAAAGAGUAGUAAAGUAAGAAACACUAAGAAAGACGGAAGUGAAGUGCAAACGAAAAAUAAACCGGACAACCUCAAGUCUGGAUGUCGAGACUGGUCAGGCGCGUGUAUAGUUCAUUUUUCUCGCCAGACGAGACGAAAGCUGUCGGAAAAUAAAAGAAAAGCUGUAAAAUUUGAGAAUUAUAAA